CCGGGGCUCCUCAUUGGAGGAGCGGGGAGGCAAGCGAGUAGAGGGUCCCUGGAGGGAGCCGCGGAGGUUCAGGUCCCGGAGGCCGGGCUACACCGAGCCCUGCGCGUGAACAGCUGCGGCGGGGGCAGCCUCCAGCGGCGGUGCCAGCCUCCAGCGGCGGUGCCAGCAGUUCCAGCCCGUUGCUUUACUUUUUAGCUGCACCAACGUAGUCAUUAUGCCGAAGAGAAAGUCUCCAGAGAAUCCAGAGGGCAAGGAUGGAUCCAAAGUAACUAAACAGGAGCCCACCAGACGGUCUGCCAGGUUGUCAGCGAAACCUGCUCCCCCAAAACCUGAACCUAAACCAAGAAAAACAUCUGCUAAGAAAGAACUGGCAACAAAGGUUAACAAAGGUGCUAAAGGGAAGAAGGAGGAAAAGCAAGAAGCUGGAAAGGAAGGUACUACACCAUCUGAAAAUGGUGACACUAAAGCUGAAGAGAUCCACAUCUCUCGCUCAACUGUUAAUGUCUCAGCCUCCAGAGGCACAGAAAACUGAAUCUGUAAACGAGGGAGAAUGAAUUGUCAUGAAAAUUGGGGUUGAUUUUAUGUACCUCUUGGGACAACUUUUAAGAGCUCUUUUUACCAAGUAUUUUGUAAAUGCUAAUUUUUUAGGACUCUACUAGUUGGCAUACAAAAAUAUAUAAGGAUGGACAUUUUACCUUCUCAUAGUCAAGCUUUUUGGAAAUUCCCGUCAUCCUUGAGUAAAAGAAAUACCAAUUUAAUAUUGGAAGCUGUCUGUAAAAUUGAUUCAGCAUUCCAUGCACUUGCUUUAAAAAUUUAGUCCUGUGCAUACUGUGGUGUUUUUACUGUGCGUAUUUGAAUUUUUUCGUGCAGUUUUUCUAGAGCAAUAAUCAGUGGUGCUUUUGUACCUAGGUUUUACGUGAUUUUAAUGAAACAUGGAUAGUUGUGGCCACCUGCUGACUAUUUGUGGUUUAAAAUAA